CUGCUUUACGGCACAUAAUAAGCAAGUGUGGAGUGAAUUGAGUAAUGGCAGGAACAGACACGAGAUAGUCCACGAACUUGACAUUAUUCCUACAUUUAUCAGGUACCGGCAGCCGGACGGACGCCUGUCUUUGUCGUCGUUCGCUGUGAGAGGCUGAUUCCGACCCCGUUUUUCUGUCAUCAUAAUAACUGUAUGCAGUGGAAUGGCUGAAGUGCCGCCAGGGCCUAACGCACUGCCUUCAUCCCCGAGCGAGAUCACAGCACUGCCCGUGGACGGCUGCACCUUACUGGGCAACGAUGAGGGACGGGACAUCAUCAGCCCCGGACAGGGACACCAGCACGCCAGCGACCAUAAGGCGAUAGUCAAAUCCAACCAGAAUAACGUGCACCCCAAUGCAUCAGCCUCCCAGUUCCACACAGCCCAGCUGAACGGGGUCCAGUGCAACCACACUCACCUCCAGAACCAUGUCCAGCAACACCGGCCGUCCGACAAUCAAAACGCCGCUUCUGAUCAUCACUUGGACGGAGUCGCUGAAACACAGGGCGAUCACACGGAAAACAACAAUUUAGCGAGAAAUAAACGAUGUAGUGAUCUAACGCAGAGCCAAUCGCCGCCGAACAACGGGAUAAACUGCAAUGAUAGUAUGGCGAUAACGGAGAGCAGCUCUUGUCGAUUGGAGAAUGAUGUAAGUAGCAGGACUGGUUCGGCGGGUCCGGCUCGGAUGGACGGGGCAGAGUCAGGCCCGGGCCCGCAGCGGGCUCGAGUAGAGCAGGCGCCGGCUGACAGCGCUCCGGUGGCGGCGAUGUCGAGACUAGCGCUGGAGGAGCACGACGAGUCCAUCCGAUACGUGAGAUACGAGUCUGAGCUCCAGAUGCCCGAUAUAAUCCGACUCAUAACUAAAGACUUAUCUGAGCCCUACUCUAUAUAUACCUAUAGGUACUUUAUUCACAACUGGCCUCAGCUCUGUUUUCUGGCGAUGGUUGAGAAGGACUGUGUUGGUGCCAUCGUGUGUAAGCUAGACAUGCAUAAGAAGAUGUUUCGUCGAGGAUACAUCGCCAUGCUCGCCGUGGACUCCAAAUUCCGCAGGAAAGGCAUCGGCACUAACCUUGUGAAAAAGGCCAUUUAUGCUAUGGUGGAGGGGGAUUGUGAUGAGGUGGUGCUAGAGACAGAAAUCACCAACAAAUCAGCCCUGAAACUCUAUGAGAACCUGGGCUUUGUCAGGGACAAGCGGCUGUUUAGAUAUUAUUUAAACGGAGUGGACGCACUUCGGCUUAAACUCUGGCUUCGCUAAAUCAAACUACGGGGGUCCCUCAACUCUUUCUCCAUCCCUUUGGCCUCCUCUUCCUCCGCCCCAGUCCUUCGGCUCAGACCACCUGACUUCCCAUCAAUAGAAAGACACUCGACCUCUGCUGAGCCACAAAGGGGAAACUCUGAGGGAAAUUUCAACCAAUCAUAAUAAAGUGUUUUAAGAACUUUUUGUGUAAACAAAAGAGAGGUCAUUGCAGAAAAGAAAAAGAUGCUCAAAGUCGGGUACUAAUAUGACAUUGACGGCGAAAAGAAAAACACGCGUUGGCUUCGAUGUUCAGAUGUCAAUAGCCUGGCUUAAGACCUCCGUGUAUUUGCGUCAGGCAUUGGAGGCGGAUGGGCAGAAUGUGUCGACGGCAUUGGAGAAAUGAAUCGUGCCGAAAGCAAACAGUGCGCCACACUUAGUUUGUUUUUUGUUUGUCGUUUUUUUAUGAACAAUCACAAUGCGAAGGAUAAAAAUGUGUUUAAACCGACUCAACGAAACUACUCAAAUCGAUUUUUGUUUUACAAUUUAGUUUUUCUAAAAGAGGGUGCACGGGAGCAUUGCAGGUUGCGAUUGUGCCUGCUACUUUGCGUUGUUUUUGUGCGUACGGGGGUCUGUGGUUUAUUUUAUGUGUUUAUUUUAUGUUUUGGAAAACACUGAGCAGAGCCUUGUCUGCUUUAGAAGUUUGAUCUACGACAAACUAACA